AUGAAGUUCACCCUCCCUCUUGUCAUCUUCGCCGCCGUGGCCUCCGCCACUCCGGUCGCCCAGCCCGCCGCCGAGGCCGACGCUCAGUGGUGCCAGCUCCACGGCCAGUCCUGCUGGAAGGUCAAGCGUGUUGCCGACGCCUUCGCCACCGCCAUCCAGGGUAUGGGCGGUCUCCCGCCCCGCGACGAGUCCGGCCACCAUCCCGCCCAGGUCGCCAAGCGCCAGGUCGACGAGCUCGCCGGCAUCAUCGCCCUCACCCAGGAGGACGUCAACGCCUACUACGACUCCCUCAGCCUCGGCGAGAAGUUCGCUCCCUCCACCGAGGAGGAGAAGAAGACCGAGAAGGUCGCCAAGCGGGAGGCUGAGGCCGAGGCGCAAUGGUGCCGCAUCCACGGCCAGUCGUGCUGGAAGAAGCGUGAGGCUGAGGCUCAAUGGUGCCGUAUCCACGGCCAGUCCUGCUGGAAGCGUGAUGCCGCUCCCGAGGCUGCUCCCGAGGCCAACCCGCAAUGGUGCCGCAUCCACGGCCAGUCCUGCUGGAAGAAGCGUGACGCCGCUCCCGAGGCUGCUCCCGAGGCCAACCCGCAAUGGUGCCGCAUCCACGGCCAGUCCUGCUGGAAGGCCAAGCGCGCCGCCGAGGCCGUCAUGACCGCCAUCCAGUCCGCCGAGGCCGAGUCUGUUCUUCUCCUCCGUGACACCACCUUCAGCCCCGUCGACCGCGUCGGCAAGCGCGAGGCCCAGAACUGCAACGUCAAGUUCCACGGUGGUGUUAGGGGCACCUGCUGGAAGCGUGAUGCCUCCCCCGAGGCGGCUUGCAACGCUCCCGACGGCGCCUGCACCAAGGCCACCCGUGACUUGCACGCCAUGUACAACGUCGCUCGUGCCAUCGUCACCGCUCACUCUGAUGAGAACUAGAUUUCCCAAAAUCUUCUCCUCACCUAAGGGGACGAAAAGACAAGAGGGGCAAAAAAAGGCUUGGAUAUAUGAUUUUUGCACGCCCUCUUUACAACUUUCACUUCUUUCAGGAAAAAAAAAACAACACAUCUCUAUAUAUAAACACACAAACACUUUUUGGGUUCACACCUAACACACAAAGGGAUUGGAUAGGCAAAAGGGAGGGGUCUUUUGUUAGUCUCCUACUUAACUUGUACAAUCCUGUUUUUACAUCAUCAAUUAUUCU